GGACAGACUUUGACUUCGUCGUGGGCGGCCUUAGGACAGCAGUCUUAGCACAGUGUCGUUGGCAACUUGAAAGAUGUGAAGAGAACAGGAUACUUUCCCUUCAAAGCGCGGGACCUCAACAAAGGGGCGACCGUUACUCUGUCAAAUGAAGAAGGACAGAGAGCGAGAGCCAGAGCGAGACAAUGUGAGCUGAUGCCUUCUGACAGUCUGGUAUUCGCGAUUGAAAGAAUGUAUUAAUCAUGGAAGGGAGAGGCAAAAUAGACAAACACAACACAAAGCCGCCCUUUCAUAAACACCUUUCCUCCAGCUAUCAUCACACAAUUCCUAUGCAAAAGAUAUUUGGUGAAUGAAAACCAGCUAGCACGAGAUAGUCGCUCAUUACCUGAUGCGCCAUUUGAGCUCUUUCAAUUGUUUGUGUUGCUCAAAAGAAAUCUUUAGUUUUAUGGAGGUUAUCCUAAAGUAAUUUUAGGUCUUUUUGAAAUUUAAAAAAAUACUGCAAAACAGGAGUGUCAAAUACAUUUUGUCGUGGGCCGCAUUGUCGUUAGAGUUUCCUUUGAAGGGCCAUUAUGACUGCCAACGCCUUAUAUUGUAUAGGCCACACAACAAACUGACGAAUGAUUAGUUUUGAAACCAGAGCGUAGUAAAAACUGCUCAAAUAUUUUAAAAACUUAAAUUGUAAGAAAAAAUUGCUAGUAAUAUCUCUAUUUUUUUAAAACGUGAACUCAAUUUUCAAUUUACUAUUGACACAACGUCGAUGCACAAUGUGUCUUCGCGGGGCCACAUAAAAUGACGUGACGGGCCGUAUCUGGCCCCCGGGCCUUGAGUUUGACACCUAAGCUGUAAAACAAUUGGAAAGUGAAGAAGGGCUUGUCAGGCUCUUUGUGAUGAAAAGCCAAACAAUGUUUGUGUUGUGUAUUGGCACUGGGACCCUUUUGGAUGACAUAUUUGGUUCAGAACGUCAAAGAUUAGAUUGAACGGCUCAUAGCGACGGGACUCCAAGAAAGAAGAGACUACCGUGUUUGGACACAGGAGAGCGGACAGCGUGUCAUUUCUUUAGAUUUUUUUCCUCAAAUACAACACCAUGAGGCCUUUCUUUUUGACGUCUUAUUUAUUCCACUCGGCAAAGCAAUACCAACAGCAGGAGGAGUGGGAUAAUCCCACCACUACCCAUCCCCCCCAUACUAUCCUCUCCCCACUUUGACCCUGCUUUGAUAACAGGAAACAUUUGCGCCCACAGCGUUCCGCCUGCUUUGUCCUCAACAGGCCAGGAAAACAUUCAGAGGAGUCCCAAAAAUAAUUUAUCGCUUCAAUUAAAUCAGAAUAAGUUUAGCGGAAAAGGCUUUUCUUCAAAUCCACCGAGAUGUUUGAAGUCUGGAUUUUCCUGCCUAUCAUGUGCCAUGAAUCCGUAUCGUCCGAGCUCCAGAAUGUCCGCAAAGGCAUUUUGCGUCAGGAAAGCCGGGAAGCUUCUACUCAUGGAGAGGGACGAGGCGCAAGACCCGGGUGACUUCUGCGGCGGCGUUCUGUAGACGACAUGUUGGACCGUACGUGCAGAAAAGGCUGAUAUUGGCAUCUUCUAGACUCAAACACGGCUUGUUCACUCUUGCUUCGAGUUUCACGUGUCUAUCAGCCUCGAUAUUUGGUGGAGGGACUUCUUUAGUUGUUGAGCGUGUGUGUGUGUACGUGUGUGUGUGUGUGUGUGUGUGUAUGAGGCGUCAUCGUCCAACUCGAACCGUAACGACUCAAACUACAGAAGAGCUUGGCCAUUUACCAAGACAUGAGCAUGUUUAGCUACAGUAUGUGCAAGUAGUAGCAACAACGUGGAGCCUUUGGAUGGGCGCAGGAUCCGCCAUGACUCCUUUUUGGUGUCCGUGUUCUCAAGCACCUUCCGGACAGGAUAAUUCCAGCCUGAACAUGUUGUUUCAUGAUGAAGAUUGACAACAGCCUGAGCGCGCCCCAGCUGUCCGAGUCCUUGUCCCAGGCCGGCCUUCAGUUCACCGUGGCCACCGAGGAGGACUUUGACGACAUCAUGGCCAUGAGCCAGGACAUCUACGGAGGCCUGGACUACCUGCCCACCAGGUACAGCAGCUGGCUGCAGGAAACCAACCGCACAGUCAUCCUGGCACGCAAACAGGGAAAAGUGAUCGCCCUGGAGUCGGUAUGCGUGAUCGACGAAGGCGAGACCAUGCUAGUAGAGGGCCUCCGCGUGGCCCCCCAGGAAAGGGGCAAGGGCGUGGCGGGGGUUCUGCUGCGCUUUUGCUCUGAGCUGGUCAAGUCCAAAUACCCCGAAGUAAAGGUCAGCCGCCUGACCCGCGACGAUCAGCUGGGUCCCAAAGAUUUCCAGAAGUAUCGCAUCAUAACCAAGCAGGGCAUCCUACUGGUGCGCUUCCGAGCCGAGGAACUCAAUCGCCGACUCACUGACCUCGGCCACGGGGAAACCCAGCCGGCGUCCGCAUCCUUCCCAAAUGCGCCUCCAAUUCGUUUGGACCAGGGCGCCGUCCUUCGGCUCUUUCUGACGAGCGACCUGAUGCGGGGUGUCCUCCCGAACGCCACCAUCAUUCAAGACUGGCAGCCUUUCAAGCCCGUGCCCGGGAACAUGGCCAUCUUGAUGAAGAAGGAUAUUGACUGGAUGGUGGAUGACGCGUCAAAGCCGAGCGUGGGGAGCCUGUGUACCUUUCCCUUUAGGGUCCCUAUUGGAGAGGACUGGUACUACCUGAACAUCGACAUGUUCGGCAAAGACCUGGAUCUGGUGCGCCAGCAGUUCUUGAGCCACCUGCAGCGUCACACGGCCACUUUGAAGGGUCACGUCAUGUGCCAGAUGUUCCUGGACCCGCCCCUGUGGAAACCCAUGGCCGAUUUUUGCCGCCACGCCCUGAGCGUGGAGCUGGUGAAAGAAUACACGGAGCAAUGCGUGGUGGAGGCUGACGUCAUGUAGUCGGGAAGGAUGAGGGAACGGACACGGCCAGAUUGUGGUGUGGAGGGGAUGGAAACCAAACCGACUAACUCUACUAGAAAAGCACCACAAGUCUACGCCCCCCUUGUGUUACCAUAAGCAGUAUUUGAUGUCUUUUUUUUUUUUUUUUCCCCAGAGCAAGAGGAUGAUUGAGCGGUUGAUUGAUUGUUGUCAUAUUCCAGAUACAUCCCGGCACAACCUUAUAGUCUCGCAGCCGUGCAUUGAGGCCCAGAUGGUAUCUCCAAAUCACUGGAAUCGGCUUACAAGUACGCGGACAAGUCUGAAGGCACUUUAAAUUCCCUUUCAAGAGAAUCCACACCCUCCCUCCCCCACCCCACCCCGCUAAAACAAUAACAGCAUGAACCAGCGUGGUAAUGUUGUCAAGAUCGGCGCUCCUGAACCUUUGCCCAAUUGCGUAGCCAAGCGAGGCAAAGCCACCCAGCGAGACCAACGUGUUGUAGUUGCCCUGCGGGUCGUCGGUGGUACCAGCAAGAUUCCAGCUGGUCACCACCAUUCACCAGCUCCUGGUGGGGCCUCAGCAACAUGUUGACCCUGCUGGGCGGCUUGAUUGAAGGUUCGGCUGUUGAAUUCCAGUUUUGUUGCACCCUUUGACAUUUCUGGUGACAUCAGCACGGGAACGCAACAAAACCAUGCUGGCGUUUUGUGUUUUUGUAGGGACACCAACUACUGAGAUCAAAAUGACAUUCAUUAUCAGCUGCUCUUCACUGUAACUGGAUGUAACACAAGUAUGUUACUAAUUCACUAGUUUUGCCAACUGCGUGUUUUUUGAGAUGUGUGUCAAAUACGUUUUUGUUUGUUUGAAGGUGGCUACUCUGGCGCCAAACUAAAUGCUUGAAAAGUGUGCUAAGAUCGUGAAUGACGUUCGAGUUACUAAUACCUCAUAAGGGUCGUUUCCAAAGCACCCUGACAACAAUAACGGCAAAGAAUCUUCCGUUGUAAGGUUCAGCCUGAUAUUUCGAGUCGAUCAUAUGAUAUACGGUUAUAACACAGGACCUCAGUGGUCAUGAGAAUAGAAAUAUUUUCCAUAGUUAUCUUUUGAUUCUUGACCUCUGGUCAUAAAGUGUCAAUGACAAAACGCAUGCAGAAAUUCUGUCGUCCACUCCAAGCUUUUCAAAAUGAUAUUUUGGCGGAAGAUACAAAUACGUUCAGAAGUUUCGUUCCUUCCAUCUUUCAUAAAGCCUCACACUUUAGUUUUAACCAAAGAAGUUCACGAAUCAUCUAAAGAACCUACUCAAAGUUCUAGACACGAGAUCCGGGGUCACCGACAUGGUCAUUCCUCAAUAACCACACGAGGCUUGCGCUAAUGCUAUCUCACUACUGAUGAGACGUUGUGAUUUCUUAGGAAUAGUGCUGCAUAUUGAUAGGUUUCCUGCAUUUUCAAAUCAUCACUGAUCAUGAUUGUAAGUGCCAUACAUCUCUCAAAUAUUUUCUCAAUCCUAAUCAAAUAUGAAACCUGGCAGAAAGGUUUCAUUCAAACGCUGAGCCUUUUCGUAGGUCCAAACUGCACUUUGCUCAUGCUAAUAAUUGUCCACCCUGACUAUUAGUUGGACUCUGUAUGUGUAUUUUUAAGCAAGCCAUUGCAUUGUCAUGCACUUUAGUAGUCAGUGGCAAUAAUGUUGGAGUAGCAUCCUUACCUACAACUUGUCAUCAAGCAGCAGUGCAGAGCAAUCCUAAAGAAACGAGAGGCAGAUUAUGUCAGGAGUGACGCGCGUACAUUAUACAUAAGCGAUACAUGCCGUCUAUUUUUGGAAGGACAUUUUUAACGAGAUCAUACAGGCAAAAAAAACGUCAUGCAAACUACCGCCGCUCUUUAUAACAUAGUGAACAUAGAAUUAUGUCUUGUGUAUACUACUCGUGUCUUUUUAGUGAUAAUGUGGAUGAUGCCUUGCUAAAAAAAAAAAAAAGUGUGAAUUUUGGAAAGGGGUGCGUGCAUGAGCAAAGCGUCAUUCCUCAUUUAAGUGUUUGUAAAGAUGACUAGAAUCUCUGUUUUCUUUCAGCAUUUACAUUCAACUGAUGAUAUAGCCACCAGCAUCAUGGCGUUCAAUGCUGCUCAAGUCACCCAUCACUUUAGUUUGGUAGAGUCAUGUAAUAUUUGAAUUUUGGUUUCAUGUUCACCGUCUUGAAAUAAACCCCCGUCUCAUCCUUUUUGGUGUGAA